AUUAUUAUUUGUGUUGUUAUUGGAAAAUAAGAAGGAAAGAUUUGUUAUAGAAAUAUUGGAGAAAUCUUGUUGAUGGUUCUUAACUUAAAAUUUUCUUUUGUAAUAGGUAAAGGAACAAUCUUUUGAUUUCAAAACUAAACAUUUUAAGCUGUAUUUGUAUCUGUUUCAGUUGGAGUUUGUUUCAAUUUGAAUGGUUUUCUGGUUCUUGUUUAACUUAAAUAGGUUGUUUUAUGAUUUGCAAAAAAUGGCAUCCGUUAAGGGAAAUAUGGCUCAGCCUCAGAAAAGUUGUAACCUGGCUACUAACACUGCUAAGGUUCAGAGUUCAGCUUCAUCCUUCAAAAGGUGGGGUAGGAAGUAUCCAUUUAUCAGAUAUGGGCUUCCAAUGAUUUCAUUGACAGUAUUUGGCGCAAUUGGCCUUGGUCAUCUCUUGCAAGGCAGCAAGGAUGUAGCAAAGGUGAAAGAUGAUCAAGAAUGGGAAAUUAUUGAGACCAGGAAAGCAUUAUCAAGAACAGGACCCAUUGAUGCAUAUAAGCCAAAAAAGAUUUCAUUGGAGGAAGAGUUAAAGGCUUUGGAAGAGAAGGUUGACAUAAACAACUACGACUACAAAAGAAUUCCUAGGCCGAAUGAAGGCAAGUCAGGCUAGUUGUGGGCUCUCUAUCCAAAAGGGGAGGAGGUGGUCCUGGUGGGAAGAGAAGAGGACAACAGCUCGUGAAUAGACCACAGCAGCAGAGAAACCAGAAGCUGAAAGUGAAAGAAACAAAGCACAACUAAUUUUUGCAGGUUUGAAAUCGUUGUUAAAAUGAGAGAUAACAAUGAACACA